UCCUCUGCAGCAUGAGCUUCCACGACCCCGAGGGCUACAUCGACUCCACCGACUACCCGCCGCUGCCGCAGCACAGCUACCUGGAGUGCACCUACAACGUCACCGUCUACACUGGCUACGGCGUUGAGCUGCAGGUGAAGAGUGUGAACCUGUCGGACGGGGAGGUGCUCUCCAUCCGCGGCGUGGACGGUGAUGCCCUCGUGGUCCUGGCCAACCAGACACUGCUGGUGGAGGGCCAGGUGAUCCGCAGCCCCACCAACACCAUCUCCGUCUACUUCCGCACCUUCCAGGACGAGGUGGUGGGGACCUUCCAGCUCCACUACCAGGUGUUUAUGCUGAGCUGCAACUUCCCACGGAGGCCCGACUUCGGAGACGUCACCGUGAUGGAUUUGCACUCGGGGGGAGUUGCUCAUUUUCACUGUCACCUGGGCUACGAGCUGCAGGGUCCCAGCGUGCUGACGUGCGUCAACGCGUCGAGGCCGCACUGGAGCAGCCCAGAGCCAAUCUGCUCAGCGCCCUGCGGUGGGACGGUCCGAAACGCCACCAUCGGCCGCGUCCUCUCGCCCAGCUACACCGGGAACCAGUCCAGCAGCAUGUACUGCGUGUGGGCCAUCGGGGCCCCCCCGGGGCAGAAGCUGCACCUCCACUUCGAGAAGCUCCUGCUGACUGAGAGGGACAGGAUGGUUGUGUACAGCGGGGACACGAACCAGUCCGCGGUCCUCUACGACUCGCUGCGUGCCGACAGCGUGCCCUUCGAGGGGGUGAUCAGCGACGGCUCCUCCAUCAGGAUCGACUUCCUCGCCGAGGAGCCCGCGGCCGCCACAGCUUUCAACAUACGCUUCGAAGCCUUUGAGCGGGGCCACUGCUACGAACCCUACAUCCAGAACGGGAACUUCACCACCUCGGACCCCACCUACAACCUGGGCACCACCGUGGAGUUCACGUGUGACCCCGGGCACUCCCUGGAGCAGGGCCCCGCCGUCAUCGAGUGCGUCAACAUGCGGGAUCCGUACUGGAACGACACGGAGCCGCUGUGCCGAGCCACGUGCGGGGGGGAACUGACCGCUGUGGCCGGUGUGAUCCUGUCCCCAAACUGGCCGGAGCCCUACACGGAGGGGGAGGACUGCGUCUGGAGGGUCCAUGUUGGGGAGGAGAAGAGGCUCUUCCUGGACAUCCAGCUCCUGAACCUCACCAGCAGCGACAUCCUCACGGUUUACGAUGGGGACGAGCUCACCGCUCGCAUCCUGGGCCAGUACGUGGGCAGCAGCGGCCCGCAGAAGCUCUAUUCCUCCAGCCCCGACCUCACCAUCCAGUUCCACUCGGAUCCGGCCGGGCUCGUCUUCGGGAAGGGGCAAGGAUUCAUCAUGAACUACAUCGCCGAGGAGUCGCUGGCCUGUGAUAACCCAGGACUGCCGGAAAACGGCUACCAAAUACUUUACAAGCGCCUCUACUUGCCAGGAGAGUCCCUGACCUUCAUGUGCUACGAGGGCUUUGAACUCAUGGGGGAGGUGACCAUCAAAUGCAUCCUGGGGCAGCCGUCCCACUGGAGCGGACCCCUGCCCAUCUGCAAAGUGAAUCAAGACAGCUUUGAGCAUGCUCUGGAAGUAGCAGAAGCUGCUGCAGAGACGUCACUCGAGGGAGGAAAUAUGGCCUUGGCCAUAUUCAUCCCGGUGCUGAUCAUCUCCUUGCUGCUGGGAGGAGCCUACAUCUAUCUCACAAGGUGUCGGUACUACUCCAGCCUCCGCCUGCCCCUCAUGUACUCCCACCCCUACAGCCAGAUCACAGUAGAAACGGAGUUUGACAACCCGAUCUAUGAGACAGGGGAAACAAGAGAAUACGAAGUUUCGAUAUAAGGACAGCGGUAAGAGAGUCUCCGGCUGCAAACUUACUGUGCUCUCAUAGACCUUCCUCAGUAACUAAUCCAGAGCCCACGUGGAGUUUGGUUGGACCCCUGGACCUGCUGUUGUCUUUCCUUUUGCCUCUUUCUUGAAGAUUUUACUGUUUUCUUCACUGUAUUUAUUCUAUUUAAGCGGGGUAGGUGUGCUGCAGAGCCCGGGCGCAGGCAGAGCCGGGUCCAGCGAGGCCAGGGCAGUGGGCGGGGCACGCGCCGUGUCCCCCGACAUGGUGACACAUGGUGACACAUCCCCCGGCUCUGUUCACA